UCUCUCUCUCCCCCUUUCCCUCUCUCUCUCUCUUCCAAGUUCCACCUCUCUGAGUACACGCUGCGCAGACCAUGGCCAAACCUUUCCUCAUCCUUUCUCUCUCUCUCCUCUUCAUCUUCCCUCUCUCCUCUUCAAACCCUAACUCUAACUCUAACUCAUCGUCAAAGUCGCCACCGCUAACCGCCCACGCGGAGCUCACCAACUACGGCUUCCCCGUCGGCCUCCUCCCCACCAACGUCGUCGGCUACACCAUCAACACCACCUCCGGCGACUUCGCCGUCCACCUCGGCGACAACUGCAAGAUCACCCUCCCUCCUGACAACUACCUCGCCGCCUACUCCAAGCACAUCACCGGCAAGAUCGUCGCCGGCCGCAUCGCCGACAUAAACGGUAUUAGGGUUAGGGCUUUCUUCCAGUGGUGGUCCAUCACCGGAAUCAAAUCCAGCGGCGAUGAUUUGGUCUUCGAGGUCGGUAUGGUCUCCGCUAAGUACCCCUCCAACAACUUCGGCGAGAGUCCGGACUGCGAGGGCAAGCGUGCUUCUUCUUGACCUCUCCACAUGUUUUUCAG